AUGGCUGAAACUACUGAUAGAAAGAAGAGAGUUUUCAAAACUUUUUCAUACAAAGGUGUUGAUUUAACCCAAUUAUUAGAAAUGCCAACUGAAGAAUUCACUAAAUUAUGUCCAGCUAGAGUUAGAAGAAGAUUCUCAAGAGGUUUAGGUUCAAAACCAAUGGGUUUAAUUACCAAAUUAAGAGCUGCUAAAUUAGCUGCUGAACCAAAUGAAAAACCACCAGUUGUCAAAACUCACUUAAGAAAUAUGAUCAUUGUCCCAGAAAUGAUUGGUGCUGUUGUCGGUAUCUAUAACGGUAAAGUUUUCAACAAUGUUGAAAUCAAACCAGAAAUGGUUGGUAAAUACUUAGGUGAAUUCUCAAUUUCUUAUACUCCAGUUAGACAUGGUAAAUCAGGUAAUGCUUCAUCAAGAUUCAUUCCAUUAAGAUAA